UUUCCCUCAUGAAUUAUGCUGCAUGAGAUAUUGAGUGCUGGUCAUCAACCAUACUUCAACCUCUUCUCAGUCUUCAAGUUCCAUCUGCUCAGAUUAGUACUCACCCCAAUUACUGAUCACAUCCAAUACCAUACCUCUGCCACUUCCACCCAACCCAACCAUGACGCCCUCGGCCAUUAUUACCCCCCCUCCCUCCUCCUCCCCUAUCACCCCAUCCCCAUCCCCCACCACCUCCUUCAAAAUCCUCAUCCCCGAACCCCUCUCAGAAGAAGGUCUCACCCUCCUGCGAUCCUCCUCUUCCCACGAGGUCGAGGUCACCUACCACCCAAAAACCACCCCCUCAACCCUCGCCUCUCUCCUCUUUCCCUAUCACGCCCUAAUCAUCCGCUCCGAAACAAACGUCACCUCCGCCCUCUUAUCCCCCGCCAUCUCCCCCAACCUGCGCGUCAUCGCCCGCGCCGGCGUCGGCGUCGACAACAUUGAUGUCGAAGCCGCCACCAAGCGCGGGAUAAUCGUCGUCAACUCGCCGCACGGCAACAUCGCGGCCGCGGCCGAGCACACCGUUGCGUUGUUGCUUGCUACGGCUAGGAACAUUGGCAGGGCUGAUGCGGGCAUGAAGCAAGGAAAAUGGGAGAGGAGUAAGUUGGUGGGUGUGGAAGUGGGCGGGAAGGCGUUGGGGAUUAUUGGGUUGGGGAAGGUGGGGAUGAAAGUGGCUAGGAUGGCUGGUGCUGGAGGAUUGGGGAUGAGGGUGAUGGGAUUGGAUCCGUAUGCUAGUGAGGAGAUUGCGAGGGGUGCGGGGGUGAAGCUUAUUGGUGGGCUCGAGGAGUUGUUGAAGGUGGUAGAUUUCUUGACGGUGCAUACGCCGUUGUUGGCGAGUACGGCGGAUAUGGUGGGGGAGAAGGAGUUGAGGUUGAUGAAGAGGACGGCGAGGGUGUUGAAUGUGGCGAGGGGUGGGGUGUAUAAUGAGGGGGCGUUGUUGAAGGCUCUUGAGGAGGGGUGGAUUGCUGGAGCGGGAAUCGAUGUUUAUACGCAGGAGCCGGUGAGGUUUGAUGUGGAAGGAGAAGAGUCGAUGGCGGCUGCGGCGAGACUAGCGAGACAUCCGAAGGUGGUGGCGACGCCGCAUUUGGGAGCGAGCACGGUCGAGGCGCAGGAGAAUGUGUCGGUGGAUGUGUGUACGCAGGUGUUGGAGAUUUUGAGGGGUGGGAUGCCGACGGCCGCGGUGAAUGCGCCGUUGAUUUUGCCGGAGGAGUAUAGGAGGUUGCAGCCUUUUGUGAAGCUCAUCGAGCGCAUGGGCUCCCUCUACACCCAACACUUCGCCCGCACCAGCACCAAACCCAACCGCCUAGGCGGCCGCCGUUUCGAACUAACCUACCACGGCGCCCUCGCCUCCGUCCCCCCACCCUCCACCCGCCCCCUAACCGCCGCGCUCAUCAAAGGUCUCCUUUCAUCCAUCUCCUCGCACGCCGGCCGCGACGUCAACAUCGUCAACGCCUCCCUCAUCGCCCGCGAGCGAGGAAUCGCUAUCGAUGAGAAGUUUGUGCACAGCGACGAUAACAACACCCCUACUUCCGUCGGCUCCGGCGAGGGAGGAGGACAGGUGACGCUUCGCAGUUUACUUACCUCCUCCUCCAAAAUUUGCAGCGAAGAAGAGCAAGAACGGGAACAUGAACAGGAACAGAUUAUCGAGGGACACGUAACCAGUGGCGGCUCAGAUAUUUUUAUUUCUAAACUGGACCGGUUCGCCGGCGCGAAUUUUCAGCCGGAGGGAACACUGCUGGUGCUGAGGAACUAUGAUCGCCCGGGCAAGAUUGGUGGUGUGGGCAUGGUGGUGGGGAGGCAUGGGAUUAAUAUUCGGUUCAUGCAGGUUGCUGGGUUAAGUGGUCAAAGUGGUGGUGGUGGUGGUGGUGGUGGGACUAAGCGAAGAGUAAGGCCGGUUGGGACGGUGGAAACUAGGGGUGGAGAGGAGACGGAGGAGACAGUGGAGGAGAGGGAGGAGGAUAGUAGGGAGGCGUUGAUGAUUUUGGGGGUUGAAGGGGAUGUUACGGAGGAGGUGGUGAGGGAGUUGGAAGGGCAGGAGGGGAUUUUGGAUGUUAGUUUGGUUAGAUUGUGAUAUGUGUGACCUUAAGGGAGACGGGAGUAUG